AGUAUCGUCUGUAGUCUGUGCGAAGUUCAAAUGCGAUUUAGAUAUCUAUAACUAUUGUUGAAACAAGCAAAACAGGUUAGUGUUUGCAAGCCUCGGUGACAAGUGAUGACUAAAUUUACAAGUUUCUAAGACUUACAUAGUCUGAAACGCAAAUACAGUCUGUAAUCAACUGCAUAAAUAGAAGAAAUGGAGGAGAAGCAACUGACUGAACGCUUAUCGUUAUUAAUCGUGUGAUAUCAAUGACUGAAGAUAAAGACAACAAAUUCAAGGCCAAAGCUGCUGCAUUUCUUGCCACUGUGGGCAGUAUAUCAGCACUUAUAGGCUUUGGUUCUACUCUUGCUUUGGUCAAAAGGAAAGAUCCUGCCAAUUUUGAUAAAGGACUCGAGGAGACAGGUGUCUCACUAGCCAUCAGAGCUCUGGGUAGAGGAACAUUAUACGCUUUUGCAGGUUGUGGUUGCCUUUUUUAUGCAAUCUGGAAACUUUCAGGAGCAAAUAAUCUUCAAGAAUUCAGAGAAAAAAUGGGGUCUGCUUUACCAAGAAUACCAAAGAACGACCCUCCACAAAGCAGGACAGAAUUUGAGGGACUGACAGAUCUACUGAAGUACAUUUCAGAAGAAUAUGGGAAGAAGUAAUUCUCUUCAGCUAUAAUCACUACCCAGGUACAACAACAGAGCCACAUCACCACCACAGCUCUCUUCCAAGAGCACUCACAUGGCACGUGUUUACAGGCAAUGGUCCAAUGAAUAUCACGUGAACAACUUGUUGCGAUAGUACCUGCCGACCUCUUGUUGUGAUUCCGAGAACUUUUCAUACCACCCUCGUAUUUCAAAGGAUUUUCGCAACAUGUCUAUAAUUUUGAAAUGCGAAGUCAUGACUGGGCGCCAUACUGGUGACGCAAUAUCGACAAAAUCUGAAACGAUACUUCAAGAAUGGAGCAUAAAUCAUCAGGCAGUGUGUUGUAUUGUUCUGACAUUGGUUCUAACAUGAUUAAGCCAUUGCAGUUGUCUGUCUUUCAUUAUGUGAAUUGUGUAACACAUCACAUUCAACCUUGUAUUCGAGCUGCUGUGGAAUCACAGGAGUGCCUACAACUUAACUGCUAAACUGAGAAAAGUCGCCAUCCAUUUCAAUCAUACUUGGUCACGCAAGCCAAGCAGGCAAAAAUUCAAAGGAGAGCCUUAAUCAAUCUGUUUUAUCUGUUAUUCAGAAUUUCCCAGCUUGGUACAUAUUGUUAAAUAUAUAUAUAAAUGAAUUUUAGUUUUAUAGUGUAUCUUUAGUGUAAGUAUUGUGUGUUUUGUUAUGAAAAUCCUUUCUGCUAAUUUAAUUUAUUCUAUUUCCAAUUGGAAUAGCACAUUCUAUAUGAUGGAGCAAUUUUCAAAGCUCAAGGGUUCGCUAAUUUUGCACUUACAUUCAAAUCCAAUUACAAUGAUCUCCACUGACGACUGGAUAAAUGUUCAAAAAUUUGUAGAAGUAAUGAAAACUUCCGAAGAAAUUACUAGAAGCUUAGGCAGUUCUCAAGUGAGCAUUUCAUCAGUCGUACUGCAAAUUCAAGUUCUUGUGACCACUUUACAGCAAGAUGAAACAAAAACUGAUAUGGGGUUACUUUGUACCACUUUAUUGUCAAAAAUUUGCUUUUGAGGAAAAUGAGAUACUUUUAGUUAGAAUUUUUGGAUGAAAUUGCUAAUAAAGACUUUGGCAAAUCUGUAUAUACUUCACCCUCUUCCCUUUCCCUGUAUACCCGUAUGAGACGUAAAAUAUCUGUUAAUGAAACUGUAUUUAUUUGGAUUAAAGGAAAAGGAUGUUGUGAAUAUGUUAAGUUUGUUGGUGAUUGUACUUUAUAUUUUCACAAAUAAAGUUAUCUGUAGCGUA